CGCUUUUUAUUUGUCCGUUUAAUUUUCAAUGAUGUUGAUGAAAUUGUUGACUAAAUGCAGAGCUUUCGUUAUUAUACAGACACGGUAAAUUAUCAAGACGUUACAUGCAAUUCGUAAGUGAAGUUUUAUUGGACACCCUGUAGAACACGGUUGUCGAUUAGCGAAAUAACGACUAGCAGAAGACAGUCGAGUCGUGCUAAAGAAAGCUGGGGAAGGAAGUCCCAAGAUCCGUAAGAUUCACAAUUCGCGAAGAGGGUUGGAAAUUGUUAUCAGCCACCAACUUGCGGCGAGAUGUGGGCCCGUGCCCGUGUCAUAAUUUACGCGUUAUAUUUCUUAGUUAUUCAGGUGAAGUUGAUAAAUUCUCGCACAUCCUGGCGACUGAACGCGGAUAAGGUUGUUAAGGCAGUGUCGGAAAUUUCAUCUCAUGAAGAUGAAGACCCAAUUUUUUAUAUCUUGGCGAGUACCAUUAACCUGGGCAAUGGUCAAGGGUGGAGCAAAACAGACUCCAAAAAUGAAAACCAAAAGUUGGAUUUAUUUUGCAACGACUGCAAAAACUUUAUUAGCGGGAGCUAUGACCGACGGCUAUCGUCAUUUGCUUUGAUGGACACACCGAACGUGACGGAAACUUUUCCCUCUUCAUCUCAAACGUCAACAGAAAAAUUUAAUUGCAAUUUGGUCCAGCGAUGCGAAGAGGGAAUUCUUGACUGUGGAAAGCCAGUUAAUUUUACAUAUUACGACAACUUAGUUGGGGUCAUUAAUAGAAAUAAACAUCCCCUUGUACCAGAACCUAAUGUCGCACUUAUGUUUAAAAAAAGAGGUGCUAAAGUCACGGACAUCGACAUUGAUUUGUUGGAAAAACGUUUGAAGAAGGCAAAAAGAGAGAAACCAAAGUCCGUUCAACUGUAUAAUCAAAUUGGUAAUUUUUGGCGCAUAAAAGGAAAUGCACAGCGUUCCAUAGAAUGCUUUAGAAGAGCAUUGGCUGUUUCCCCGCACAAUGCAGAGGUAUUGUUAAAUUUAGCAAGAGUUUUACUGGCUCUACAAUAUUUGGAUGAUGCCACUUACUUGGCUAGGCGGUCGUUGGAGCUGCAGCCACCAGAUCGCAAUGCGUGGGAACAGUAUCUCACUUUAGGACAAAUAUUUAAGGCUUACGGUCACUUCCAAGAGGCAGCUGUACAUUUGCGACAUGCUUUAGAGCUGAAACCAGAUCUUAUGGAUGCAGCUGACGCUCUAAAAGAGGUCGAAUCACUUCCAGCCGCGAGUGUGCAUGCCUACACGCUAUUGAUUAUUGUGUGCCUGGUUUUAGGAGUUCUUUUGGUAGUUCUGAGCAGCGUGGAAUGUGACGAGGAUUCCAGUCUAGCAUCAGAGCAACCCCAGAGGUCGGCGCGUCAUUUUAAUCGUGCACUAGCUAUGCGGAGCUUGCGGCUUGGUGUAUCUAGAAAUAAACGUUGCGGAUAAGUUUCAAAGUGUUGUGACUAUUAUGGUAGAAUACAUGUUGCCAACCAUAAUAAGUGAUGUAAUUUAACUCCCUAUUGAGUGGUAUUUUAACACUAUUUGUAUCAAUCACUGCAAUAUCGUACUAACUAUGCAUUUUAUUAUAUCGACAGACAUAAAUAUAUAUUAUGUAAUAGAAUAUAACAAUAUACGAUUCUGCUAUCAGUGCUUCACGCCGUAAAUUGGACCCCAACACAUAACUUGUCGGUACACAUAAGUAUAACAAUAGACCAUCUUGCGACGCACAGACUGUAUAGUUGACAUUUUUUUCUCUUUUGAAGUAAAUAUAUUGUAUACUAUGGAAUGGAACUUAUUAAUUUUUCUUCUUAUUUCUGUUUCAUAUAACAUGGCCCUAUAUGCUAUAUUCCAAGAUAUUAUAAUUAUCUUUAUUUUUUAAGAAUAUUUAUGUAUUAUACGCGCAUGUUAUACGAAAAAAGAGAUUACCUAACUGAUAAUAUAUUCAUGCAUAUUGUGUCACAGGACAAACGUAUUGCAUGCUCGUUAAUAUCGCCUAAAGAAAAGUAAUCAAAUCUCUUUUGCCAAUUUAAAAUUCGUCUUCUUUUCGGGUGUUUGACAAUUUCUAUUUUUUUUCUGAAAUAAUUGGUUCCACUUAUAUAUUAAUGAAAAAUGGAUAAUCGUUACAUAUUAUGUACAGAAAUUGCUUACAUGCAAUUCAGUUCACGAAUAAUCGAGUUUUAACACAUUGGAUAUAAUUUUUUUAGAGGGUAUGAAAAACUGGUGGUAGCUGUGUAAUGUAUUUCGAUGAAUAUGUUAAGUUUCAAUGCAUUGCUUGUACAACUUGCUACUAAUUUCAUAAGUAUAAACCUAAAUAUUUUGAAUGCUAAACAGUUUAGUUUUUUUUUCUUCAAGUUUUCGUUUUCAAGUCUGUUACUUAAUUGAGAAUGAUAACGAACUAUAUAACUCUAUAGUUAUUCAAUCACAAACUUAACUUAUAGUUUUCAGUAACACCUAAUCUUUGUAAGUCAAAAAAUGUAUAACUUAAAAAUUAUACUUGUCUUAUUUCAAGCAUGCCGCUGCUAUCAAUUGCAACUUCAUAUAAUGUUUCAAUCAUCCGGUAUUUUACCCCUUUAAAUACUAUAGCAACACAAUUAAGUUAUCUUGUUGUAUAUACGCAUACCUACACACACAUCUCUUAUGAAUACACAUAUGUAUACCUUUUCUAUUCAUUGUGAUUUAUGUAGGUAUGGGUAUUGCACACAUUCAUCUAUGUUAACAGGAUUUUUUCAACUCUUUUAAUAUAUACAAACAUCAAAAGCUAGCAACAAUUCAGGCCUUGUUUGUAACAGGAUAAAUUCGCAAAAUGCGUUUAAAAAUCCUUCCUACCGAGUGAUUCCGAAUUUGUGCAUCGGGAUGUUUUGCCAGUCGUUUGCCGUGAGGAUCACGCGAUUUUCUA